AUGAUAGUGAUAGAGUAUGCGACUAGGUUUAUUCACUUAUCGAGGUUUGCUGUAUACCUCAUUCUAGACGAGGAAAAGAAGGCCAAGAAGUUUGAGAGAGGCCUAAGCCCACGUAUUAAGACCAUGAUGACAUGCUUCGACCUUUGUAACCGCGCCUUGAUGUACGAAGAGAGCUUGAAGGAGAACGCAGCGGCCUUUGUACAACAGAGAAAGAGGACUUUUGUUCCGGGAGUUCCAUUUGGAGGAGCCAGACCAAGUAAGAGAACGGCUGUGGAAGCUUUAACUAUCUAUGUAGUACUGAGACGACGACUUCUUCCAUGGCCUUCCAACUUCCAAGGAGUCUCUUCCCCGUCUUCUUCCACCUAUCCAUGGAGUUACGAUGUAUUCUUGAGUUUUAGUGGCAAAGAUACCCGCCACAGUUUUACUGCCCAUCUACACCAGGCUUUGUUUCAUAAGGGAAUCACCACCUUCAUAGACGACGAGCAACUUAGAAGCGGAGAUGAAAUCUCUCCAGCACUUCUCAGAGCCAUUGAAGGGUCAAGGAUUGUAAUCGUUGUAUUCUCUGAAACCUAUGCAUUAUUCAGAUGGUGCUUGGAUGAGCUACUGAAGAUCGUUGAGUGUAAAGAAACAAAGGGACAAAUUGUUCUACCAGUGUUCUACAAGGUGGACCCAUCCUGUGUACGACAUCAAAAGAGGAGCUUUGAAAAAGCAUUGGCUAAACAUGAAGAAAGGUUUAAGGAUGACAUCAAACAGCAGAGGUGGAAGGCAGCCCUAACACAACUCGCCAAUUUGUCCGGGUGUUAUUUAAAGUAUAACAGAGUCCUCGUUUUUGGGGUUCCGUUGGUUGCAGAAUCGUUCUUGGAGCAAUCAUGGCUGCUGGGUUGGGGUUAUCCGUGCUUGAGAACCCGUGGCUGCUGUAGGGUAUUUUUUCUUUCUUUCUUUAGAUCGUGAAACCAGGUUGGGCGUUCAUAGUUGAAGAAGAAAGGGUGUGUUUGGGCUACAGACUAAGCCCAAUCAAGGUGUGUUCUAAUUCCAGUACAAGAAUAUCUCUAUUCUGAUUUUAAGUCUUAUGUUAUUAUGCUGUUUGGCCACAAGUUUCUAUUAAUUUCUGU